UUUUCCGAUGAGCGCGACCCUCCACUUGGCUCGAGUGCGCGUGCGUAGUGUAGACGCUCUGUCUGGAACAUGGCGGCGCGGUCGCUGUGGGCGGUGCAGCGGCUGCAGCGCCUCCUGGCCUCGGGGACCGUGUCAGAGAGCAGGGGAUGGCUACACCCAUUCAGCACUGCUACCCAAAGAACUGCUGGGGAAGACUGCAGUUCUGAGGACCCUCCUGAUGGACUUGGUCCCUCCCUUGCUGAACAGGCCUUAAGGCUAAAAGCUGUUAAACUGGAAAAAGAAGUCCAAGAUUUAACACUGAGAUACCAGAGAGCUGUCGCUGAUUGUGAAAACAUAAGGAGACGAACCCAGAGAUGUGUAGAAGACGCCAAGAUAUUUGGAAUCCAGAGCUUCUGUAAGGACUUGGUGGAGGUGGCAGACAUUUUGGAGAAGACUGCCGAGUGCUUCUCAGAAGGAGCCGAACCCGAGGACCACAAGCUUACUCUGGAAAAAGUCUUCCAAGGGCUGUCCCUUUUAGAAGCGAAGCUAAAAAGCGUGUUUGCCAAGCAUGGCCUAGAGAAGAUGGCACCCAUUGGUGACAAAUACGACCCUCAUGAGCAUGAACUCAUCUGUCACAUGCCAGCAGGUGUUGGGGUGCAGCCUGGCACCGUGGCAUUAGUUCGUCAGGAUGGCUACAAACUUCAUGGCCGCACCAUUAGACUUGCGCAAGUGGAAGUGGCAGUGGAGUCUCAGAGAAGGCUAUGAACAGGCCACCAGGAACUAAUUACUCUCCCAGAGUGCAGGCGCCUAUGUCUCCUUUAUUUAUUACGCUGGUUUGUAUUAUACAUGAGGUCCUUCAUGUGCUCUGCUUUGGAUUUAGUCAUAUUGGCUUUAUCUCUACAGUGUCUUAUUGGGUUUAAGUGACCUGUUUUGGUCCCAUCAGGAGUCCUGCCACUAGGCAUUUGAACAAUGACGAGUGUCCUAUGGCCUUCAUCAAAAUGUUUACAAAAAUCAUUUAAAUUGGUACUCUGAUGACUGAAUCCAAAAUUUUCUUAACUGUUUUCAUCUAAUUACUAGAAUUAAUAUAGCAUCUUGUAUCUUGUAUUUUGUGGGGAAAGGAGAUGGUAAGGAUUGGUUUGACAUUUAGGUACUUAGGUAACGAUGCUUUACCCUUGUAUAAAUUUAGAUCAUUUGGGUUGACAUAUAUACAGAGAGGGUUUUCAAGGCUCUUUUUUUUUUUUUUAUUUUACUUUUCAUUUAGUCUUUUUAUUGUGCUUGUAUUCCCUCCUAGGGAUCACACUUGCAUCGUUUCAUGGCCGCCCCUUUCUGGUUCUGGUUCAGAAGGGCUAAAGGGUCAGGCCAGUCUUCCUUUUUUGUUGUUGGUAAGGGGUAUAUGUUUAUUAAACUGGUCUCAAGUCUAUGAACAGGCAAGCCCUGGCUUCCUCGACAACACAACCCACUCCCAGGGAGACCAAAGCCUCCAUACAUCUCAAGUUUGAGAGACAGACAUAGAAUGUCAGGCAUGAUGGCUGAAACAGAGUGUUAAG